AUGGGGCCCCUCUAUAGGUAUAGAGAAUGCCGGUUAGUUGAGGGGGCCCUUCUCUUUCUUCUUGGGGGCCUCUGUGGUUUUGCUGCAGCAUCUCCUGCAGCAGCAGCAGCAGCAGCUGCUGCUGCUGCUGCUCUUGCCAGGAAGCUGCUGCAGCAAACUAGGGCUCUGAACUUACUUGGCAGCGGCAGGAACACCACCGACAGCAGCAGCAGCAGCAGCAGCAACAGCAGCAGCAGCAGCAGCAAUGAUUUUAAGCCCCUCUUUGUAGAUGCAGCAGCGUUGCUGCAGCAAACCCCCGCUCUCUUCCGCCUCUCUGCAGCUGCAGCAGCAGCAGCACCAGGAGGAGGAGGAGCAGCAGCAGCAGCAGGAGCAGCAGGAGCAGCAGGAGAAGCAGCAGGAGCAGGAAGUCUUUUUUAUAAAUGUUUGCUGUCUGCUAGACAGAUAAGGAGACACGGGAGACAAAUGCUGCUGCCCUCUUGGGGUGUAUCUGCAGCAGCAGCAGCAGCAGCAACAAGGGUACUCCUUGUAGGAGGGGGGGGCCUCGGGGGCCCCAUUGCCCUUUAUCUUGUAGGAGCAGGAAUAGGGCACCUGACGAUAGUUGAUGGAGACACUGUUGAUGAUACAAACCUUCAUAGGCAGGUAUUCUUUAGGGAGACAGAUGUGGGGCGCAGCAAGAGUAAGGCCCUUGCUCGUGCCUGUAAGGAGCUAGACUCACAGGCAUCAGUAGAGGGAAUAGAUGCAUAUAUAGAUGAUGAAUUAGCUAAUCAUCUUAUACCUAAUCAUCAUAUUGUUGUUGAUGCUACAGAUAAUAAAGAAACUAGGUAUUUAUUAAAUGACGCUUGUGUCUUAUAUAAUAGACCAUUGGUCUGCGGCAGUGCCCUCAAGCAAGAAGGGCAACUCUUUGUAUAUAAUAGUAAGGGGGGCCCCUGUUAUAGGUGUAUAUUCCCUCUACAGCAGCAGCAGCAGGGGGGCCCCAAACAGGGGGGCCCCCAUUGGGGCCCCCAAGAAGAUAUUAGAUCAAGAGACGUAGGCGCUUGUGAAACCCAUGGGGUACUUGGACCUGUACCCGCUCUUAUUGGAAUAAUGGAGGCCCUUGCUGUACUAGACCUAGUGGGGGCCCCCUCUUCUUCUGCGGGGGCCCCCAAUGAGGGCUCAGGGGGGCCCCAUGUACCCUGUCUCUUUGUUUAUAAUGGAGGAGAAGCACAAAAACCCUGGCGGUCUUUUGUACUUAGAGGAAGACAAAAAGAUUGUAUAGGUCCCUAG